UGGCAUUACAACCAGAUCCCCGUUUUGCACAAUGGAGACCUUGUUCUGCGUUUUAAUAUCUAUAUUUCUGCCGGAUACGUUCAUAAAACAACCUUAACGUUAGUCGCCUAUGUCACCAAGUCCACAUCUAUGGCAUUAGCUUCUCACGUUUUCUUUGCCAUUGAGGAUGCGUAGCCAACAUGAAGCUGAACCCGUUUGUGACGUCGUCCCGCCGCAAGAACCGCAAGAGGCACUUCAAUGCCCCCUCUCACAUUCGGCGGAAGAUUAUGUCCUCUCCGCUGUCCAAGGAGCUUCGGCAGAAGUACAACGUGCGGUCGAUGCCCAUUCGCAAAGACGAUGAGGUUCAGGUCGUCCGGGGACACUACAAAGGCCAGCAGAUUGGCAAGGUAGUGCAGGUGUACAGGAAGAAGUACGUCAUCUACAUUGAGCGCGUGCAGCGCGAGAAGGCCAACGGCACCACUGUCCACGUCGGGAUUCACCCCAGCAAGGUUGUGAUCACCAGGCUAAAGCUCGACAAAGAUCGCAAGAAGAUUUUGGAGCGCAAAGCCAAAUCUCGACAGGUCGGCAAGGAAAAGGGCAAAUACAAGGAGGAGACCAUCGAGAAAAUGCAGGAGUGAACAACACACCCUUGUUUUUCUCACAAUAAAAGACUGUAAAAAAUUCA